CCGCUCCCCCUGGAAGGACAGGCUGCUGAGGAGCCCCCGGCCGCCAAGGAUGCCGCCCCGCUGCUGCCCAAGGAGGAGGAGGAGGGGGAUGAGGCAACUGCGCUACCCCCUACCAGCGCCGCCGGCAGCCUGUCAGCUGCCAGCCGGGAAUUUGAGGAGCGGAGGACGCAGCAGGAAGACAUCGAAGAGCUUGAGACCAAGGCGGUGGGCAUCUCCCCGGAUGGCCGCUUCCUGAAGUUUGACAUCGAGAUUGGAAGAGGCUCUUUCAAAACUGUGUAUAAAGGACUGGAUACUGAAACCACUGUGGAAGUUGCCUGGUGCGAGCUACAGGAUCGGAAGCUGUCCAAGUCAGAGCGACAAAGAUUUAAAGAGGAAGCUGGGAUGCUGAAAGGGCUUCAGCAUCCCAAUAUUGUCAGGUUCUAUGAUUCCUGGGAGUCUACAGUCAAAGGAAAAAAGUGUAUUGUUCUUGUGACGGAACUCAUGACGUCUGGAACAUUAAAAACGUAUUUGAAAAGAUUUAAAGUGAUGAAAAUUAAAGUACUACGAAGCUGGUGCCGUCAGAUACUGAAAGGCUUACAAUUUCUACACACACGCACUCCUCCCAUCAUUCAUAGAGACUUAAAAUGUGACAACAUCUUCAUUACUGGCCCCACUGGAUCAGUCAAGAUUGGAGACCUUGGUCUGGCAACCCUGAAACGAGCUUCUUUUGCCAAAAGUGUGAUAGGUACCCCAGAGUUCAUGGCCCCCGAGAUGUAUGAGGAGAAAUAUGAUGAGUCCGUUGAUGUAUAUGCUUUUGGGAUGUGUAUGCUAGAGAUGGCCACGUCUGAGUACCCUUAUUCCGAGUGCCAAAAUGCCGCGCAGAUCUACCGCCGAGUGACCAGCGGUGUCAAGCCAGCCAGCUUUGAUAAAGUAGCAAUCCCUGAGGUGAAGGAGAUCAUUGAGGGAUGCAUUCGGCAAAACAAAGGUGAAAGAUAUGCUAUUAAGGACCUUUUAAAUCAUGCUUUCUUCCAAGAAGAGACUGGAGUACGGGUAGAACUUGCAGAGGAAGAUGAUGGAGAAAAAAUUGCCAUUAAACUCUGGCUGCGAAUUGAAGACAUCAAAAAACUCAAGGGCAAAUACAAAGAUAACGAGGCAAUAGAGUUUUCAUUUGAUUUGGAAAGAGAUGUCCCAGAGGAUGUAGCACAGGAAAUGGUGGAGUCUGGCUAUGUCUGUGAAGGGGAUCACAAGACAAUGGCGAAGGCUAUCAAGGACAGGGUAUCUUUGAUUAAGCGCAAGCGAGAGCAGCGCCAGUCGGUGCAAGAAGAACAGGAGAACAUACUUCAGGAAGAAGGUAGUCAGAAGCAGCAGCUGGAGCAACAGCAGCCAUCAAGUGCUUCCCACGCAGGGUCAAAGCAUCCCCAGUCUGUCACUGGUAUCACUCCUGUCCCCACUGCUUCAGCAUCGGUUUCUACACAAGUGGAGCCUGAAGAGCCGGAAGCUGACCAGCACCAACAGCUGCAGUUCCAGCAACCCAGUAUAUCUGUUCUUUCUGAUGGAACAGUUGACAGUGGCCAGGGGUCAUCUGUGUACACUGAAUCUGUGAGCAGUCAGCAGACUGUGUCCUAUGGUUCCCAGCAUGAGCAGUCAGUCUCGAGCACCGGAGUCCAGGGAUACCCAGCUUCAGUUGGCCCAGUGCAGUCCCAGCAGCACGGAGGAUUUCAGCCACCUGCAGCGCCUCAACGUGGUCGUAGCAUGUCAGUUUGUGUCCCCCACCUUCCUGCUCUUCCCUGUAUGUCCUGCAUCCCUCUCAGUGCUCCUUGCACCCCACCACCAGCGCUGUCUGCACCUCUCUCUCCUUUCUACCUUCGGACUGUCCCUGAAGAAACCUUUGCAGAAAAGCUUUCUAAAGCCCUGGAAAGUGUCCUGCCCAUGCACUCUGCCUCUCCACGCAAGCAUCGACGCUCCAGCCUGCCCUCCCUCUCUGUCAGUCCUCCUCAGCAUCCUCGUGGGGGAACACCACCGUUCCCAGAUUCACAGAUAUUUUUCCCAACCGUUCAUGAACGGCCGGUGUCUUUCUCACCACCACCUGCCUGCCCGCCGAAGGUGGCAAUUGCUCAGCGGCGCAAGAGCACUUCAUUUUUGGAAGCCCAAACUUGCCACUUCCAGCCAUUGCUGAAGACUGGCCAGAGUUUAGUUCCACCUGGGGGUAGUCCCACCAAUUGGACUCCAGAGGCAUUUGUUAUGCUGGGCACAGCAGCUCAGAGAGUCGCUGGAGAGCCUCUGCAUGUGCAAGUAAAUCCCGUGUUUGAGCAAGCUCCCGUCCACAGUGACUAUAGAUCUGGACCAACACCUCCAGAGGAUGCUCACUACAGGAUGCAUCCGGAAGCUGUGUAUCUGGUGGGCAUGCACUAUCCAUCACAGACACAGGUGCAAGGCCAGCCAGCCUCAAGCAAUGCAUCAGUGCCAUCCCAGCCUACUCAACACACUCAGAGUGCACAGCAGCCAGCCUCUUCCCAACAGCCUGGACAGUACCAGCUGCAGCAGCCCUCGGUUUCUGCCAGCCCCACUCCUGCACAAACCGUCUCUCAAACUCAGACUUCACAGAUCAUGCCAAUGCCUCAGGCAGCAGCUGGGUCACAGCUUCCUGUUUCCCAACCAGUGUCGAUCAUCCAAGGCGAGCCUCAAUUACCUGUUGCAGCAUCUUCUCUCCCUCAGCCUUCAGUUGCCCCAUCAGUCCCCAUUGGCUCUCAUUUUCUGCCCGUGGGACAGGCCUUGCCAGCUUCCGUGGUUCCCCAGUUCCCCGUGUCUCAGUUGCCUGUAGCAGCUCCUCACGUGACAGUGGCUCAGCCAGCUUUCCAGUCGCUGCCCAUUUCCAUGGCAGCUGGCAUCAGUCAGCCGCUGCUCCCGCUGCCCACGUCCGCAGCCGCUGUUCCUGUGGGAGCGAGCGCUGUCCCUAGCCAGCUGCCCAGCCUGAUGCAGCCUGUGGCUCAGCUGCCCAGCCAGGUUCUCCUGCAGCCGCCUGGCCAGGCCGUGGGAUUGCCAGUCAGCAUUGGACAAGCUGCUGAAGCCUCACUUCCUGCUGCAGAUGCUCUUUACCAGGGCUUCCCCUCUCGGCCGACAGCGCAGUACGCGGGGGACUCGAACGCCGCGCCGUCCUCGGCCGCGGCCGCCGCCAGCAUUCCUGCUGCUGUGCUGUCCCCUCCCCUGCCCGCAGAGGCCAUGGCCCAGCCGGGCUACCUUGCUCCUGUUGGGCAGCCCUAUGGGGAGCAGAACGUUCUAGUUUCCGUGGGCAGCCUGGGAGGGCAGGUCCAGGUGCCCCAGCCUCCCGGGAGUUUGGCCCAACAGGCCUCGUCUGCCUCCUCCCAGCCCGCAGUGGUGGAGGGUACUCAGGGAGUCUCACAGACUGCUUCUUCAGAGACUCUGCCAGCGACACAGCCUGCUCAGUCCACCCCUUUGGCUUCUUCCAUGGAUAGUGCACAUUCUGAUGUUGCUUCAGGACUGAGUGAUGGCAACGAGAAUGUCCCAGCCUCUAGUGGAAGGCACGAAGGGAGGACCACGAAACGUCACAUGCGGAGGUCUGUCCGCAGUCGCUCUCGCCAUGAGAAGACUUCUAGGCCGAAACUGAGAAUUCUAAAUGUUUCAAACAAAGGUGAUCGGGUAGUGGAAUGCCAGCUAGAGACACACAAUCGGAAAAUGGUUACUUUCAAAUUUGAUUUGGAUGGUGAUAACCCUGAGGAAAUAGCUACAAUUAUGGUGCAGAAUGAGUUUAUUUUAGCAACAGAGCGAGACUCAUUUGUAGAACAGGUACGAGAGAUUAUUGAGAAGGCAGAUGAAAUGCUCAGUGAGGACGCAAGCGUGGAGCCAGAGGGGGAUCAGGCCUUGGAGAGCAUGCGCACAAAAGACGACGGCUUCUUCCCGGGGUCACAGAAAUUAGAGUUCAAACAGCCAGAUCCUACAUCUUCCAUGCCACAAAGAAUAGGGGUUCCCUCUAGCUCCUUUACCCAGGUUGUUCACUCUGCGGGAAGACGUUUCAUUGUCAGCCCCGUCCCCGAGAGCCGCUUGAAAGAACAGGGCUUUUUCACAUCUGCUGUUGUUGGAGGAAGCGAAACUUCAGAUAUGGUUGCAGCAUCUCCUGUACAUGGUCCUGGAAUGAAUCUCUCCCACUCAGCAUCAUCACUGAGCUUGCAGCAAGCUUUCUCUGAGAUGGGGCACGCUCAGAUGACAGAAGGACCUAGCACAGCUCCUCCAGUGUUCAAUCAAACAGUCCCACCGUUUCCACCUGCACUUUCUACCAUGGCGGGCGGCGCUGCGACUCCUGCAUCCGUGGCUACUUCUUCAGUAUCCGUUUCCUCCAGCACUGGUGUUUCUCUGCCAGGACCUGUUACUUUGCCUUCAGAAAAUGCAGCUGUUGGAGCUGCACCAAGCACAAGCGUGCCAAGCUCUGUUUCUCCACCUCCAGCCUCACAGUCCGCACAGCAAUCGACCGGCGUCGCUUCCAGCGUCAGCGCCUCCGCUUCUUUCUCCUUACCUGCCACGUCCCAGCCUGCCCAAGCGGCGGCUGCAGACAUUGUCCCCAGCAUCAGCACACCAUCGUCCUCAGCACUGCCACCUGCCCAGCUUCCUGCUGCCACUGCCCUCGCUGCUGCAGCACCAGCUGUGACGUCUCAGUCUGCUCCUCAGAUCGUGAGCAGUAUGGCAGCACCACAGGCGUCUGUUGCCCUGUCUGGGGCUCAGAAUGUGGCUUUGCAGCUUCCCCAGCUCAGCAGCAGCGGCUCUGUGUCCAGCCUGGCAGAAACAACAGUCGUAAGCGCUCCACAGUCGCUACCUGAGACCGGGCACUCCCUGGAUAAAUCUCAUCCCUGCAAUGCGGCUGGCUUAUCUCUGCCAAUCUCAGCACCUUUAUCAUCCUCCGUAGCAUCAAGCAUAUGUGGGUCAGUCUCUCAGCCGCUCAUCCAUCCCUUGCUUGUUCCAUCAGGAAUUACAUCAACACCUGUCCUGCCCCAGAUUUCAGGUGCAACACCCAUGUUGCCCCAGGUUCCCUUGCCUGGUGUCUUGCCACAGCCAGUCACUAACUUGCCUGCAGUGCAGCAGACUUUGAUCCACAGCCAGCCUCAACCGGCUCCAUUGCCCAACCAGCCUCACGUUCACUGUCUGGAGGCUGAUGCUGAUGCUCAGUCUAAAGCCCCUGGUAUUGAUGAUAUCAAGACCCUGGAGGAAAAGCUGCGCUCUCUGUUCAGUGAGCACGGGAACGUGGGCACGGUGCACCCGUCGAUGUCCCUGGAGACCUCGCUGCUGAUGGAGACCACUGUUGUUCCUGGCAUCCCAACCACUGCAGUUGCACCAAGCAAACCCCUGACAUCCAUUAGCACUUGUAUACCUCCGAGCAGUUUGCCUCUUGGACCAACUGGCUUGCCAGUGCUGACUCCAGUUGCCACUCCUGGGCAGGUGAUCACCCCUGCCAGCUACAUCUCGGCCUCGAGCAGCAUCGCCACCGCCGCGGUGAAAGCGGGGACCUCUCCUUCCAAGGCCCCUCUCAGCAGGGUACCGGUGCUCCCAAUAGGUUCUGACCUCCCGGCUGGCACUCCAUCCAGUGAGCAGCUGCCACCCUUUCCAGGACCUUCACUAACUCAGUCCCAACAGCCACUGGAAGAUCUGGAUGCUCAGCUGAGAAGAACCCUUAGCCCAGAGACCGUCCCAGUGACAUCUGCUCCUGCCUGUUCUGUGCCCUCAGUAGCAUCAACAACGGUUACUGGGCCGGUGUCCGCAGCGACGCAGUGUCUGAAGGAUGCAGGCGAUGGGGAGAGCAGUGCUGCGGCUGCUGCAGCAGGAGGCAGCGUGCUGAAGAUGGGCCGGUUUCAGGUAGGAGCUGCUCAGCUCACCUGGCUCCUGGCACAGCAUCCUGGGGGGGUCCUGCUGGUGCCAGCUCCAUGUCCCUUGUGCAGGACCUGCUGUCCACAUGCAGCUUGUGGCAGCAGGUCUGCAGGUGCUGUUUGCAUCCAGGGCUCUGGAGCUGUGAGCACAGGGUUUCAUCCUGGCUUGUGCUGGGAUCUUCACUGUGUUACGUCCUGA